UGUACAUAUUACUAAAGCUUGUUUCUGCUUUGCAGUGCUAGCUAUAAAGUCAUCUGUAGCAGAUACAAGCAUAGAACACACUUCAUUAAUUUGUAAAAUGGCUGAAGGCCCCGUCGUCCAAUGCUAAAACAGAAGGAUUUGAUGGUGAUCAGCUACAGCUGCUCGGCUGGUACCAAGCUGACAUGGAUAUUGUCGUUGCUGCUCAUCCUGGUCGCGGCGACACAAGUCCAUGGCGUGUCUCCUCCUGGGUUUUUAAACGUCGACUGCGGAUUGACAAAUCGUAGUACUUACAAUGACACCGACACAACUUUGACGUACGUUUCUGACAGAGAAUUUGUCGAGAGCGGCAAGAGCUACGAUAUUAUGGCACAAUACAUGGCAGAUGCUACAAAUGAACAAGAAAAAACGUUGAGAAGCUUCCCUGAUGGCCAACGGAACUGUUAUACAUUACCAACCAACAGUAGCAAGAAGUAUCUCAUCAGAGCCACCUUCACUUAUGGAAACUACGAUGGGCUCAACUCGUCAGAGAAGGGUUCUUUGUUUAUCUUUGGACUCCAUAUCGGUGUCAACUUCUGGACGACGGUAAACUUGACAAAGUGGGAUCCAUCGAGCACGGUAUGGAAAGAGGUGAUCACGGUUGCUCCGGACAAGUCCGUAUCUGUCUGUCUGAUAAACAUGGGAUCAGGAACUCCCUUCAUAUCUACACUAGAUCUUAGGCCCUUGCAAGACACAAUGUAUCCCUUCGUGAAUGCCUCAACGUCCGUCAGCUAUUUUUCUCGGAUAAGAUUUGGAUCGGUUGAUGAAUACAUCACAAGAUUCCCAACGGAUCAGUAUGAUCGCUUCUGGGAGGGCUGGGUCUUUACCAUGCACACCUUUCCAUGGGUUAAUAAGAGUAGCAACGGCAAGGUGGCUGAACUUCCUAAUAUUGACACCUUUGGGCUUCCUCCAGCCAUUCUGGGAAGCGCUUCAACCAUAAACGGAAACUUCUCUUGGCUCAACAUCAGCGUUAGUGCCAGUAACUCUCUCGCAACAGACCUAGAGCUUCUUCCAGUCUUUCACUUUGUUGAACUCGGCAAUAAUGGUUCAAAGAGAAUUUUUGACAUCUACAAUGUCGAUGAACCGCAAGCACUGUUCUCCAACUUCAGCCCACCGUCAUUCCUGAGCUCCAUGUUCCACAACUGGUUCUUGCGCAAAGGCAGAAGGGCAUAUUUUCAGCUUCGCAAGACCCCAGACUCACAGCUACCACCUCUUAUUAACGCAUAUGAGGUGUACUCCCGUGUCCAGGUGGAGAACUUCACCACUGCUUCAAGUGAUGUUGACUCCAUGAAAACAAUCAAAGAGAAGUACAUGGUAAUCAAAAACUGGAACGGGGAUCCAUGCUCACCAAGAGAGUACAUCUGGAAUGGUUUGACUUGCACCUACCCUAAUGGUGGCCAGAACCCAAGGAUUGUUGAAAUAAAUCUAUCUGGCAGCGGUCUGCAAGGAGAGUUAGAAAUAUCAUUCAUGAAAAUGUCAUCACUGAAGAAAUUGGAUUUAUCACACAACAACCUGACAGGCACCAUUCCAGACUAUCAAGUAAAUUCCCUCACUGUUAUUGACUUGUCUAAUAACCAGCUCAAUGGAUCCAUCCCUGAUUCUAUUCUUCAAAGAUACAAAGCCGGUUUGCUUGAGCUAAGACUAGAAGGCAAUCCCAUAUGCUCCAAAGUCAGAGCUAGCUACUGUGGAAAUAAGAAGAACACACGCACACGUAUUUUGCUCAUCAGUGUGUUAGUUCCUGUGACAUCUCUCCUAGUGGUGCUGUUCAUAUUCUGGAGGUUAUGCUGGAAAGGGAAGUCAAGAAAAUCAGAAGAAGAAGAUUAUGAUAUGUAUGAAGAGGAGACUCCCCUACAUAUCGACAUCAGAAGGUUCACAUAUGCAGAGCUGAAGCUCAUAACUAACAAUUUCCAAUCAAUCAUUGGAAAAGGAGGUUUUGGUACUGUUUAUCAUGGCAUACUGGAAAAUAAUGAUGAAGUAGCUGUUAAGGUUCUUGUGGAGACAUCCAUAGCAGAGUCAAAAGACUUUCUCCCUGAGGUACAAACCUUGUCAAAAGUUCAUCACAAGAAUCUUGUCGCUUUGGUAGGGUAUUGCCAAAACAAGAAGUGCCUUGCACUUGUUUAUGAUUUCAUGCCUAGAGGAAAUCUUCAACAGCUUUUAAGAGGAGGAUAUGACAGUUUGAAUUGGGAAGAGCGACUUCACAUUGCACUUGAUGCUGCACAAGGUCUGGAAUACCUUCAUGAAUCAUGCACCCCAUCAAUAGUUCACAGAGAUGUGAAGACACCCAACAUCCUUCUGGACAAGAAUCUGGUGGCCAAGAUAUCUGAUUUUGGGCUUUCACGGGCUUUUAAUGCUGCUCACACGCAUAUAUCUACUGUUGCUGCUGGCACUCUUGGUUACCUUGACCCUGAGUACCAUGCCACUUUCCAGCUUACUGUUAAGACAGACGUUUACAGUUUUGGAAUCGUCCUCUUGGAGAUUGUGACUGGUCAACCCCCGGUAUUCAUGGACCCUCAAACCGUCCACCUGCCAAAUUGGGUGCGACAAAAGAUUGCUAAUGGGAGCGUUCACGAUGUUGUGGACAAGAAGCUGUUGGAUCAGUAUGAUGCCACGCACCUGCAGACUGUGAUAGACCUCGCCAUGAACUGCCUCGAAAACGCAUCGAUUGACAGGCCAAGCAUGACCGAGGUUGUUUCCGUGCUUAAGGUGUGCUUGCCGAUUUCAAGCGAGAGACAAUCGGCAACUUCAACCCCUCGAAAGAAGAACGUCAUGGAUGCAGAGAUUCCAAGACAGUUCCAGUUGAUGAUUUCUGGAGCUUCAACAACAAGCUACGAGGGCAGCUCCUUUCAGUCUGGAUAUACCGGUGGGGUAUCAGAAAUAAGCCACAUUUCUGGGCGGUGAAAGGAAAUUGCUAUUUGUUACAUAUGCUGGGAGAUGGUUUGAUCAUUUGCUUGCUCCAUGUCGUUGUGACUUAAGAAUGGAUGUGUGUAUAUUGGAUUUAAACAUUUUCGUGAAGCCAUCUGGGGACUUGAGAGUGGAUGUGUGUAGAUUGGAUUUAAACAUUUUUGUGAAGCUAUUUGGGACACUACACUA